AUGUUCUUCAUAUCAAUAAUAUUAGGAUUUAUAAUCGUUUAUCUAUUACAUCUGAAUAAUAACAGAGUAAAGAAUGGACCACCGACACCGCCACAUCUGCCACUUAUUGGCAAUCUUCAUAUGAUUGAUAAAGGCAAGCCUUAUGAGAGUCUUCACAAGCUAUAUCUACAAUAUGGCAAGAUCUAUUCAAUCUACAUGGGCUCCAUCUACACAGUAGUACUCAACGAUUCCAAACUCAUCCAUGAAGCAUUCACAACACAAUCCGAGGUGUUCAAGGAUCGCUACCUCGGUCCAUCAUUACUAAUAGUUGGAGAUGAGAAAGACCUCAGCUUCUCCAAUGGCGAGCUGUGGAAGAAGUUGAGAACAUUGUUUGGAAUGACGUUGACCAGGACCAAGUUGAUGAAGUUUGAGACCAUCAUUCUGGAUCAAGUGUCCAAACUUAUUGCCGCGAUCAAACGUGAUAUUGCCAAAGGACAACCUAUACAACUUAAGAAGUAUACACAUACAUAUACAUUGAAUUGUAUGUUCCAGUUUACCUUCUCAGCCGAGAUCACAUAUGAUUCGGAACAAAGGAAUGAUGAAGAGAAGGAGAUAAUGUACCUUGCCGAAGAAUUAACAAAACUGAUGGUACAAGGUAAUCCAAGCGACUUUAUUCAUAUCCUAAAGCCAUUCUUUAAUCAUCAUGAGAUUGAGAAGGUUGUAUCUGGUAUCUUGUCGUUCAGCCGAAGACGAAUCGUUGAGCACCAGAAGACACUUGAUCGAAACAAUCCAAGGGAUUUCGUUGAUCUCUUCCUAAUUGAGAUGGAGAAUGACCCUGAACAUACCUACACCAUUGAGCACAUCGAAAGGAAUUGUCUGGAUCUAAUGGUCGCUGGAACUGAUACAGCAGCUACAACAGUUGAAUGGGCAGUAUUAAUGAUGAUCAACAGACCAGAGAUACAAGAGUUGUUGUACCAAGAGAUUGUGGAAAAGUCACCAUCAAACAAGCCAGUGUCAUGGUCCAACAAGACACAACUUCCAUUAUUCUACAGUGCAAUCAAAGAAGGCUUUAGACUAAAGCCUACCUCUCCACUACUCCUGCCUCAUCAAACAGUUGAGGACACAACACUUGCAGGCUACUUCAUUCCAAAAGGAACACAAGUCAUUGCAAAUGUAUACACAUCAUGUAUAUCUGAACAACAGUGGAAGGAUCCAUUGACAUUCAAUCCAUCAAGGUUCAUUGGCGACGACAAGUCACCGGCAUCAUUCGGCGAUGGUCCAAGGAAGUGCGUUGGAAUGCAAAUGGGUGAGAUGAUGGUAUAUGACGCAUUAGGUAAUCUCUAUCGAGAACUACAAUUCGAACGAACGACCAAAGCAUUAGUCGACGAGUCUCCACAUCCUGGACUACUCUACGAGGCGCCAAACUACGACCUCCUCGCGCGGCCCAGGACCAAGCCUCCUCCUCAUCAAUGA